CACAGACUAGUUGAGAGCGCGCAAACAUGCUCUCGGCAAAAGUUGAACGCUACUAACAUUAGCGUUAAUAAAUGCACCUUUUUGUGCAAUUGACUCGAAUUUAUAACUUUAUGAGGCUAUCGGAGGGCCCGUGUUACCAAAGAUGGAAAUAUUUAGAGACGAGACAGAGUUUACAGAUAUUCACAUGGUUCAAAGGGUCGUGGAUUUGUUUGAGAAUCGUUCUGGUUUUCAAAGGAUAGUCAGACUUGGCCUUAUUGCGAAUAUGAAUUACGACAAUGAUUCAGACGAGGAUGGUUAUAGAGCUGACAGCUGGGCACACGAUCGUAACCAUAUCCGUGGAUACCCAGGGCUCUCUGACAGUCGUGAUAGAGGAUUAGGUGGGAACCAUACACGGCCCCAUUCUGUUUGUGUCCCUCCAAUGCAUUACUACACCUCUUCCUGUGAGGUUCCCAGCCCGUCUUCUGUAAAAGUUACGACAAAGGAGAGUGACUCUGAAAGAAAAGCCAGAUUAUUAGAAGAAGAGAAAAAAAGUAAAGAAAAGGCUGAGAGGAAGAGACUUAAGAAACAGAACCGGAAGGAAAGAAAACGGCUUGAGAAGUUGGAGAAGGAAAAACAGAACCCUAAAAGAUACACCGAGGAAAAAGAUGAUGCACAGCAGUCUAAAGCAGAGGAAAGCAAACCAGCAAACGAUGAAUCCAAAAACAAUACAGGUGUCAGUGUUAAACAGUUGGCUUCAGCUAAAGAUAUAGACAGCAGUGACAGUAGUGAAGACGAAUCCAGUGAUGAAGAUAGCGUCACCAAGAAUGACUUGGGCGACUGUGAGGAGGAACUUGACAUGACAAGCACGUUUGUGAGUAAAGCUGCUCUUAUAGCCAAACGUAAAUUAGAGAAGAAGCCCAAGCCUGAGAAGAGAGAGAAGAAGAAGACCCCGGUCAAAGAAGAACCUAAAACCGUCCCUGACAAACUUAAUGAAGUCCCAGAGGUUGAGAAGCAGGCCUCUGCUGCUUCUGUCACCCACAGUCAUGAAGAAAAUAUUAAAAUAAGUACUGAUCUUGCAGUUAUUGGAAAUAAGUUUGCAAGUGCUGGAGACUUUAAUAUGGCUGUGAAGUAUUUUACAGAUGCAAUAAAGUACAACCCUACAGAGUUUAAAUUGUUUGGCAAUCGUUCUUUCUGUUUUGAAAAGAUGCAAGAAUAUGAGAAGGCGCUGACUGAUGCAGAGUUGUCUCUCAGCAUGUGGCCUGGCUGGGUUAAAGGUCUGUUCAGGAAGGGCAGAGCUUUGGCAGGACUAAAGAGGUAUGAGGAGGCUGCCCGGGCCUUCAAGGAGGUUCUCAAGCUGGACACUUCAUGUGCAGAAGCUGCUCAGGAGCUGAUGCGGGUGCAGAUAACACAACUAAUGGAGUAUGGUUUCACUCGGGAGCAGAGCUCAAAUGCUUUAAUUAUUCACGGGACCGUAGAAAAGGCGCUAGAGGUGCUGACCAAAUUAAACCAUCGACCAGGAGCUUUUCAGAAUGGCCCUCUCCAACCGGCUCAAGUAGUAAAUGUCAGCGGAGUCUCUCCAGUCCUUUCAGCCAACACAGUCCCCGCUCCUCAUCCUCCUCCUCAGUCCAUGAAUGCACCAAAAACAGCAUUUAAGAACAAACCUUUAGGCCCAGUCCAUAAUAUGUCGAAUGUCCAGAGUCAACCAAAGCCAGUUUCUAACCAGGCCAUGAAGACCAACAGUGAAGACAGCCACCCACCACACAGGGAGCUGUUUCCAGUUUGGGUGGGAAACUUGACACACCCAGUAACAGAGUCCAUGAUAACCAAUGUGUUUAACAAGGUCGGGGUCGUCUAUAGUGUGAAGCUUCUGAUUUACAGACGAUGUGCCUUCGUAAACUUUACAAAACAAGAGCAUUGUGAUGAAGCAAUCCGACGCUUGCAUGGUUACGAGCUGAACGGCAUGAAGAUCGCUGUGAGGUAUCCGGACAGGAUUCCUCCAGGAAUGGGUAUUUCCAGAUCUGCCCUCAAAGCCGAAGACCUGCAGGAUGAGAAUAUGAGGCAGAACGAUUACGCUGGAGGCCGAAGACCUGUCCACCCUCACAGACACGUCCCAGACUUCAGAGGCAACCACAAGUACUGAAAGGACACAGAAUGCUUCUGAACAGGUCCCACUGUCCUUCACAAUAAAUGCAGAAUCACUUUGUCCAGUGCAGAUUAAUCGCAAGUAUCUACAGGGUUUUAAGUAUAACCAGUAUUUUUUAGUGGGCCACAGAAACCAAGGGUUAUUUUUUUUAAGAUGCAGUUGAAGUAUUAACACUGAAAAUACUGCUACUGAUCUAAACACGUGACCUUUUAUAGUUUUUGACUAAAAUGUAUACGUCAGCUGAUGAUUCAGGAUAUUAACCAGUGCUUAUUUAUGGCAAGAUUGUUAAAGCCUGACAGAUAUACUGGAGGUCGACAUUGGUAUUAUACAUUAUUAUAUUUUAAGUGUCAGUUCAACAGUCUGCAGUAAAGGUGCAUAUCACAGCUGAGCAAAAUGAUGGCAAGGUGUUUAAAAUAUAGUACAUGACCAAGUGCCGUAAAUAUGUUUAAUGCUGUUGAGACAUUUUCAGUCCUAAAUGAUGGUAUUAGCAUUAGGCCCCAGAGUCAAGUAUCACAUACGCUCUAAAAUAAUUAAGUCAUUUAUUUGCAGUUGAUUAACACACAGGUGCAGGAAUGGUUAUUGGUGUACUUAUUAGUGAUUUAAAUCUUAUUAUAUAUUACAAGAGCCUCACAUUUAUGGCCUUAAGUGAUUAUAUUCAGAUUAUUAUUCAUUAUUCACUCAUAAAAGUUGCACUUGUAUUAUGUCUUGCUUUAAACAAAACCUCACAAUGGCUGUUUGUAAUUUUAAUCCGUAAUUCAUAAAAUGACUUUACAGUUCAUCAGUGGUUAUUUGUGGCCUGACUUAUUUUUUUUAUUGAGAUGCAUUCAUUAAAUAUUGUGGAGUUUGUUUUCUUAAUUCAAGAAUUAAAGAUUGUUUUUCCUA